CCGAAAUUAGCUACAGAUAAGGGGAGAAGCAAGGAAAAAAGGGGGCUACCCUAAGACCGACGAAAAACGAGAAACCAAGAGACUUUCCAGACACACAUUUUCACCCGCCUACCAACACCUUUUGUUUCUUCUCCUUCUCCUGUACCCAUUCGGAUCUGCAACGACGACGUCACAGCACUCGUCGUGAACUUCUAUCUUCUAUCCCUUUGCCUUUCGUUGCUCAAGUAGCGCAAAAGAAAGGGACCCGCUGGUCGGUCCUCGAAGCCAGCAUCACCCAACAUGUCGGCCGAGAAAGCUCGCGGUCGCGGCGAGGAGCUGGAGGGCGACAUCACCUUCAUCAAGACCCCUCCAGCACAGCCGUCCAAAUUCGGCAAACCUGAGGACUGUGGCGUUGCUACCACCAAUUUCGCCGCCAUCAACAACCCUCCCCUCCCCGCCGAGGGCCCCGGCAAUGAGUCCUUCUCGAACCUGGUUCUUCUUGGCCUCACCCUCGGCCUCCCGACAUGGCUGGCCUGGAACCUAGGCGGCGGCUUCAAGACCACCGUCUUCUUCAUCCUCGUCCUCUUCUUCCCCCUCCUGGUCGCCUACUGGGCCAUCACCUCGCGCAUCUCGCCCCGCACCAACGAAAAGGCCCGGCUCCCCGGCCGCAACAUCGAGGAGUACCUGACCUUCAAGCACGAGGCCGACCGGCUCCGCUGGAACGGCCGCCGCAAGAUCCCCAUGCAGGUCUUCAUCGAGAAGUACCUGGAGGGCGAGGUCGACUUCAACGGCGACUGCCUCGACGUGCUGGAGUACCGCCACGACUGGGCCACCUGGGCCUUCACCUGGUCGCUGUUCCGCUUCAUCCUGCUCGGCUUCGGGCUCGACGUGCUCUUCCACUCGCGCGAGCAGGACGAGCAGCAGAUCCGCCCCACCUACGACACCGGCAACGACCACUACUCGUGGUUCCUGGGCCCCCGCAUGGUCUACACCAGCGGCAUCAUCUCCGACCCCACCCGCGAGGAGUCCCUCGAGGAGAUGCAGGACAACAAGAUGGCCGUCGUGUGCGAGAAGCUCGAGCUCAAGGAAGGGGAGAAGAUGCUGGAUAUCGGCUGCGGCUGGGGCACCCUCGCCAAGUUCGCCAGCGUCAACUACGGCGCCAGCGUCACCGGCGUCACCCUCGCCCGCAACCAGGCCGCCUGGGGGAACGAUGCGCUCCGUCGCGCCGGCGUCUCCGAGGACCAGAGCCGCCUCCUGUGCAUGGACUACCGUGACAUCCCCCACCAGAAAUUCAACAAGAUCACCCAGCUCGAGAUGGGCGAGCAUGUGGGUAUCCGCCGCCUCACCGCCUUCUUCCGCCAGUGCUACGACAUGCUGGAGGACGACGGUGCCAUGUACGUCCAGCUUUCCGGUCUGCGCCGCCCUUGGCAGUACGAGGACCUCGUCUGGGGUCUGUACCUCAACAAGUUCAUCUUCCCCGGCGCCGACGCCUCGACGCCCCUGUGGUAUUAUGUGAGCUGCCUUGAGAAGGCUGGCUGGGAGGUCAAGAGCAUCGACACCGUCGGCGUCCACUACUCGGGCACCCUCUGGCGCUGGUACCGCAACUGGCUCGGCAACGGCGACACCAUCACCGCCAAGUACGGACAGCGCUGGUACCGCAUCUGGGAGCUCUUCCUGGCCUGGUCCACCAUUGCCUCGCGCCAGGGCAGCGCCACCUGCUUCCAGUUCGUCGUCGUCAAGAACCUCAACGCCACCCACCGCAUCCUCGGCGUCAACUCCCAGUUUGGCAUUCACGGCGCUCUGGCGGCCGCCAGGGCUGCUGGCAAGGCAGUCUUCCCUCAGUAAGGGGCGGACUAUGUGCGGCGUCAAACUGGAGGAGACUUUUCUUUUCUCCUUCCACUACAGUCGCCGUGGUGGAUAAAACCGACUACGGAUUUUUCUUCUUCAUCUCGGAUAGGAUACAGACGGGCGUCGGAAGCCUAAUGAAGGAAACAAAGAAGAUGGAUAAUAAUGUUGCUUAGAAGGGGGGACGGGAUACAAAACGUGGUCUGCCCACGCUUAGACUCGGUGUAAAGUAAGGUAAUAAAAGAGGGUACUCGGUAGUUCUGUGCCAAGGUACUUCGUAUAAGCACUAUGGAAAGGAAAAGGAAAUUCAAAUUCGGAGAAACCAGUGCGGAUUACGGUGUUGGUUACCUUACUGUUGCGGUCUACGAAUAUCUUUGCUACUGUUAUCAAUUCUGAACUUUUCUCCGCUGUC